CUUGCAGCCUUUAACCACGUGCACGUCAACCUCUUGAAAUGGGAUGGACUGUGGUUUAUUUGUGCCUUCGCAGCAAGGCACGCCGUUUGGUGUGCCUGGGUAUAAAUACCUGACAGAAUCCUGGGAAAUAUUGAAUAAAUAUAACUGCCUACUAAUUUAACGCUUGAACUAACAAGACAGUCUCCCUGUGCUUGAAGACACAACAAGACUCAAGUGUCAGGCUUUUGGGCGGAUAAAAGGACAAGAACAGGCCAUCCAUCACCUGUGUAGGUCUGAAGACUACAAUGAACAUUCAGUCUGCCAUCAACAAAGAGCUCUUCAUCCCUCGUGAUGAGCGGAUGCUGGUGGCAGUGGAGGUGCGGAGGAGGAAAAGGAAGAGGAUGUCCUCCCUGCUCCCUGGAGCCAAAGGAGACUACACCACAUUCAUCUGUGUUUCAGUGACCAACACCAGGCCACAUCAGCUCCUCAUUACAAAGGUGAAGCGGUUUGGUGGCUCCUCCUCCUUCACCAGGAGGUCCCAGUGGACAGUGGAGCAGCUCAGACAGGUUAACGGCAUCAACCCCAACAAGGACAGCCCUGAGUUCGACCUAGUGUUUGACAAUGCUGUGGACCAGUGGGUGGCCAGCUCAUCAGCAGAGAAGUGUAUCUUUGUCCAGAUCUUGUAUCACGCCUGCCAAACCUAUUGGGAGGGGAAAGCAGGGAGCCUGGGAAAGGCAGGGAAGUUGGGCAAGGUGGGACGCAAGGGGAAACCAAGUCAGCACGCUCACGAAGAACUUGGAGCUGGUCCAAGUGACUCCUCACCAGGCCCUGCAUCAAAAACCCUGAGGGCCCGGAGAAAGAGCUAUGUCCCCCCCAGAAAGGCAGAGUUCAUCAACUGCCAGUCCAAACUCACAGGAGAUGCCUGCACUAUGAAUCUGGUCAUCUACCGCUGCAAAGCCUUCUUGAAUCGUAUGAAGAAUAUGAUGGUCACAAACCAAAGAUCAUCAGGUCGAGGUCAGCCUGGACAGCGUGCCACAGGGAGCACUGUGGGUAAUGUAGUUCAGAGGGUAAAUGUGUCUCUUGGAGAGCGUGGGGACAGACUGACUCGUGCUGAGGACAAGACUGUGGAGCUGAUGCACAAAGCCCAUCAGUUUGCAGACACUGCUCACAAGCUGGCCCUGAAGUACUCAAAGUAGAGUCUGGUGGAGGAUGAAUGGAGCUCUUCAGGGUGUAAAAGAUGAUUUCUGUAACAUGGACACUAACGCUUUGGGAUGCAGUGAUGCAGUCUGGGCCCAGCAGAUGCUGCUAACUCCUCAUGAAAGCCUGUUUGUGAGAAGAGGACCGGAGAGGAGCGACCCGCAGGCUCCGGACUGCCACUUAAACUGCCCUUCUCUUAUGACUGACUGCAGCAAAACAUCUUAAUGCACUUUAACCACCUUUUGAUUUGACACUAGUGUCUCAGGGGGAUCAUCUACAAUGUGUUCACCCUGAAUGUUUUACCUGUUAUCAGAUUAAUCUUGUGUCGUUUAUGAGAAGGCAGGACUUUAAGAUGCAGUUACUUAACACUGUUUUCUCUAUAAGUUUUAAACACUCCCAUUUUUUUUGUUAUUUUUUUUAAUUUAUAAACAUCAAAUAGUUUUAACCAAGCUCUUAUAACGUUGUCUAUGAAGGCAGACUACUUGUCUGACCUAAGAUCCAUGUGACAGGUGACAGUACACUGGGUGAAUGGUGCUUUUGUUUUUUAAGUGCACUAAAUGUUUUAUAGUCAUCACCA